AUGGGCAUCAAGGGCCUCUUCCCCUUCCUGCGCGAGAAGGCGCCCGCCGCCAUCAAGGAGCGCUCCCUGAAGGACUACCUGGGGCGCACGUUAGCUAUAGACGCGUCGAUGUCGCUCUACCACUUCCUGUCAGCCAUAAGGACGGGCCCCGACGCCCAGAACCUGACGAACUCGAACAACGAGGCCACGUCGCAUUUGCAGGGCUUCGCGACGCGCGUUCUGCGGCUGCUCGAGGCCGGCGCGAAGCCCGUGUUUGUGUUUGAUGGGAAGCCGCCGCAGCUCAAGGCCAAGGAAUUGGCGCAGCGCCGCGAGGCCAAGGCCAAAGCCGAAGAAGUCGUCAAGGAGAAGCGGGCCGACGACCAGGCGUCGCCCGAGGAUGUGAGAAAAGCAGCAUCAGCAGCCACACGAGUCACGAAACGACACAACGACGACGUCAAGCGACUCCUGCGGUUGAUGGGCGCUCCGGUAGUGGAAGCCGAGGGCGAGGCCGAGGCCUUCUGCUGUGCUCUUGUAAAUGCGGGUACUUGUGACUACGUGGUUGCCUGUGUGGAAAUCAACCAGUAUGUCGAGCGGUGAACCGGCACCGCCACGCAUCGAUCGCGUCGAUGGCGUGGAGGUCGACGCGACGGUUCAGCACGAACGCGCCGUAAAAUCUUGAUUUCCACACAGGUGGUUACUGAUGAUACCGACGCCACAACAUUUUCGUCUUAUUACUCUCAGAAUACUCCGAAAAUCGUAAAAAACUUAUUUGAUACGGAGGGUGCUCGUUUGAAGGAAAAACGGCCGGCCUACGAGAUCGACGUGUCGACCGUGCUGAGCUCGCUACAGUUGUCGCGGGACGCGUUCGUCGACUUCUGUGUAUUAUGCGGCUGCGACUACGCGCAGAAGCUGCGGGGCGUCGGGCCGAAGACGGCCUUGAAGCUGAUUGUUACACAUAAAACGCUGGAGCGGGCGGUUUUUGUCGAGAGACCCGGCGUCGCCACGAAGGCGCCCAAGGGCAAGGUGCUAGCUCCAGAAGGCUGGGAUUUCGCGGCCGCGCGGCGCGUCUUCUCGACGGAGAUUCUGAAGGGGGAUCCGCACGUGUCUGUAGGCUUCGGCGAGCCCGACUAUGAAGGGUUCCGCGCAUUUCUCGUCGACACCAACGGCUUUUCGGCGGAACGUGUCGAGGCCAUGAUUAAAAGAUUGCGCAAGGUGCGCUCGAAGAAGCCGCAGCGGCGCAUCGACGACUUCGUCAAGGCGCGCGCUCCUGCGGCGUCGCGGCACUUCGCCCCUCCACCGGCGGCGCCUGCGCCGGCGCCGACGGUCGCGCCCACGACGCCGCGACGUCCACCGGCAAGCGGCAUCGACCCACGCACGCUGCUGCCCGUGGCACCGGCGGCCGCCGCUGCCGUGAAGCCGGAGCCCGGGGCCGCCGCGCCCGCGACGUCUGAGUACGUCGGCCCGCCGACCGCCGGCGGCUCCUCAUCGAGCGACGACGAGUCGUCGGGCGAGAGGACAGAGGCCUACCCGCACUCGCCGCCGCGGCCCGCACCGGACGCGCCGCUGGCCGUCGGCGCCGCCGUGGAGCUCGUAGGUCUAUCAGACGCGGAAUACAACGGGAGGCGAGGCGUCGUGGCGGAGACGCCACCGGAGCUCGUCGCGCGGGAGCGCGUGCUCGUGGCCGUCGGCGACCGGACGCUGUCGCUGAAGCGCCGGAACGUCGUCGCCGCGCGGCCGGCGUCGCCGGCACCGCAACCGACGCCCCCGCCGCCGCCGCCGCCGACCCCGACCAAGAAGUCUCCGGCGCUCGCAAAAUUUCUCGCCGGUGGCGUGAGGGAUACGACGCCCGUCAAGAAAAAACGCGGCAGCGCCAAGGCGUUGUCCUCGCCGCCACCCAAGAAAUCGAAGAAGAAGGCAGAGCCCGCUACGGCGUCGCUGGCCGCUGAUUUUUUCUCCGGAAAGGUGCGGGACGCCACCAAGCCCCCGAAGAAGAAGGCUAGAAAGAAGAAGGGCGGCCCGGGGCCCUGUGCGAGAGCCGGUGCGGCGCCGGCGGCCGAAGCGAGCGACGCCGAGGAGGAGUCGCUCGCCGCCGGCGUCACAGUCGUCGACGCCGAGGACCUCCUCGCCGGGGAUUUGAAUUAAGUGAUACAUG